AUGACUUCUACAUUAUGGUUGGCGGGGACGCUGUGCUGUUUGACGUGGCUCCCAGGCUUUCUGGAUGCCAAAUCAUUAUUGAACACCAUCAAGCAGGAAGAGAUGGUCCCUGUCAGUGAGGUGAAUAUUGACUCUGAGAGGGCAAAUGACUUUCUGACUCACUCCAGACCAAAGCGAAAUGCUGACCCCAGAUGGUACAGAGGCAACCCAGACUUCCAGUCUUAUUACCGAUACUACAGCAGCAUUGGACACACUGAGGGGCUGUACGAGAUCGACAAGCUGCGGAUGCUCUACCAGCAGAUGAGGUACCUGGAGCAAACCUAUGGCCCCGAUGCUGGUUAUUUCCAGAGCAAACUGGGAGUGCCGAUGAUCAUGUGCGACCCGCUCACCGACAAGAAAUGCAAAGUGGCUCCUCCUCCUCCUCCACCUCCUAUGAAAGGUGUCCCAAAGCCCAAAGAGCCUGAAGGCACCCCUGCUCCUCUCCCUCUUCUCCCUCUGGGUCCAGGUAUCUCCCAGGCUGAUGUGCUCUACCUGUGCAACAAGAAGGACCCCCUCUGCAAGCCCCACAUCGUCUACCUGCCCAGCGGUGCCGUGCCCGUCCUCUGCGAUCCCCGCUACCACCCCCACUGCACCCCCCAGAAGAUGCCCCCAGCCCCAGUUGCAGUGCCCCAACCUCCUCCACCGCCACCAAAGAAGUCAGCUCCACCUCCACCUCCAAUUAUCCUCGUCAAGAAGUCUCCCCCAGCGCCCAUCCGCACCUUCAAGGCCAUGGAGUACGACUGUGACCCUUACUGGGACCCCGACUGCCUGAUUGACCACCCACCCAGGGCCAUCAAGGGGAAGGUUGUGGCUGCACCACCUCCUCCUGCUCCUGUGGAGGAAGAGGAAGAACCUGUGGAGGAGCCAGCACCCCCUGCUCCUAUCGCGAAGAAAGUCUCCCUCCCCUACCCUUACUUCUACCCUGCCCCUUACAACCCCAGGGAUGAUCUGUACGACCCCAUCCGCUUCCAGUACCCUCAGCCUGAUGCUGCUGCUGAUGAGCCUGCAGAGGACGGUUCACUACCCCAGCUUCCAAUAUACCCACCAUGUGAGCCUUGUCCUCGUCUGCCAGUUUGGAUCGUGGAUCUCCUGUUUGCUCUGCCCUGUAUGAAGCCCCUAAACCCUGCCUGCUCCCAGCUCCUUUUUGCCAUGUCCAAAUCCAAGAACUCAGCUAAGCCAUCUUUCCACAAUUCAAGCUACAAUAAACUGCCCUUUUAA